AUGGCUUUGUUAAUUCUUUUUGCACUGACUCUCGAUUUAAUCUAUCGAGCAUAUCGGUAUUUCUUUCCACAUCCAGACAUAGAUCCUAAAGGAAAAUAUGUUUUAAUAUCUGGCUGUGAUACGGGUUUCGGUCGUCAAUUAGCUCUCGAACUUGAUAAACAAGGUUUUCAUGUUUUUGCUGGUGUGUUGAAUUCAAAUAGCGAAACAUCAUUUCGUGAAAUACUUUCCCAACGUGCAACAGUCUUUCAUUUGGAUGUUACUAAACAAGAAGAUAUCGAUGCAGCAUUCGCAUUAGUGGAAAAGGAAACGAAUACACUUCAUGCACUUGUCAAUAACGCUGGUAUCAGUACAAGUGGUUACAUCGAUUGGAUGACAAUGGAAUCGAUGCGGCGAAUAAUGGAGGUGAAUUAUUUUGGGCAUGUGAACAUGACAAAAACGUUUUUACCACUACUCAUCUCGCGGCGUUAUUCACGUGUUAUUAACAUUUGCUCUGUAGCUGGAAUUGUUUCAGCACCGAUGAAAUCAGCUUAUUCAGCAUCGAAAUAUGCGUUAGAAGCGUUUUCCGAUUGUCUCCGACGAGAAAUGGCGUCAUGGAAUUUAUAUGUGAGUAUUAUUGAACCGGGUCCAAUGCGAACGCCGAUUAUUGAAGGGCAUGAUGAAUAUAUGACUAAAUUUUGGAGUCAACUGCCGAAUAACGUUCAACAACGGUGGGGCGAAGAUUUUCUGAAGGUUCAAAUGAAAAAAAUAUCAGACAACUUUCUCUAUCGUCAUGCCGAAGAUCCAGCUAAAGUUGUUCGAGAGCUCCAACAUGCUAUUAUUAACUCAAAGCCUGAUACUCGCUAUAGACCGGGUUGGCAAGCAAAAUUCUUCUUCUUUCCACUAUCAAUGGCUCCUACUUGGCUCUCAGACUGGAUUUUGGUACGCGCAGUGAAUUCGGACACAGUUCCUGCUGAUGUACGCAAACAGCACACAGAAUAA